AUAUUAUUUAUUUUUUUCAAAUUAAAUUUUGACUAUUUUUAUGAAUAUUUAAAGUUAAAUUAUGAUAUAAAUAUAUAUACUACGUAUAAUCUCAAGAUAUCUCUACUUUCAAAAAUUCUCCUGAUCACAUAUGAUCUCGAAAUUCCUCAGUGUGUUUCUAUUUGGUUAGCACUUGAAGUAGUGAAACUUUUAAAAUUGCAGCCUUACAAUGCGCUUCAUUUGUUUUUUAUUUGUAUAUUUCCAUACACUGUUGAAUUAUUCUGCUACGCUUCUAUGAUAAUUUUAAUGAAACGGUUUCAUUCUGAUGGAAAUAAUGAAAAUCGACGCCGAAAACGGUUUUUACGUAUUAAUUACUUUUAUACAAAUUUUAAUCAAAUUUUUUCUUUUCUUAUUACUAAAGUAUUGAAUGCUUUCAUAAUGCUCACACUGAAUAUGAUAUUCUGGACUCCGUACUGUGUGAUCGGUAUUCUGAGCACAUUUAUUGUAUUUGACCAUUCCAGUUAUGAUUUCUUGAAUGCACUUGUUGUGUUAAAUGCUGUUUCCAAUUUAUUAUUGUAA